AUGACCUCGUACGGCCAUCAAGCCGCGCCUCACCAGGCCUCGAGACAUGCACACCACGGAGGGUACUCAUCGCAGGCUGCCCUGUCGCAUGGCGGCGCGCCGGCUGGCACUUUCUCCCCUGGCACCAAGAUACAGGUUGGCAGCCAUCGAGUCGUCAUUCAGAAAUACCUAUCAGAAGGGGGCUUUGCUCAUGUCUACUUGGUCAAACUCCCCAAACCCGUUGACGGUACUGAUCUGGCGGUUCUGAAGCGCGUUGCUGUUCCCGACAAAGAAACGUUGAGGGGUAUGCGUACCGAGGUUGAGACCAUGAAACGCCUCAAGGGACAUCGGCCGAUUGUGACGUAUAUCGACUCCCACGCGUCAGAACUGAGAGGUGGCGGUUAUGAGGUUUUUCUCCUCAUGGAGUAUUGUGACGGUGGCGGCUUGAUUGACUUCAUGAACACACGCUUGCAACAUCGCCUGACGGAACCCGAGAUCUUGCAUAUUUUCUCCGACAUUGCCGAGGGCGUUGCUUGCAUGCACUAUCUCAAACCUGCCCUCCUGCAUCGAGACUUGAAAGUUGAAAAUGUUCUCAUUGUAAACCGCCGGUCGUCGAAGCGAUUCAAACUGUGCGACUUCGGAUCUUCCGCCCCUCCACGAGCUGCACCGACGACCGUAGUGGAGUGCCGACUCAUGGACGAGGACGUUCAGAAGCACACGACACUGCAGUAUCGAGCCCCCGAAAUGGUGGACGUAUAUAGAAAACAACCUCUCAACGAAAAGUCGGAUGUUUGGGCCUUGGGUGUGCUGUUGUAUAAAUUGUGCUAUUACACUACGCCUUUUGAGGACCAAGGACAGUUGGCCAUUUUGAACGCUAGUUUCAAGUAUCCCAGCCAUCCUAUCUUCUCGGACAGACUGAAGAAGCUGAUUGGGUCCAUGUUGGAAGAGAACAUGCAGUCUCGGCCGAACAUUUACCAAGUCCUCAAGGAAGCAUGUGCCAUGCAGGGCAGGCAAGUUCCUAUUCACGAUAUAUAUUCUACGCAAGCGAAACAAGACUCGAGACCUCCAAGUCAACCGUCGCCCAUUAAGCCUAGUCAAGGCCAGCAAGCUGCCGUCGUAGGCGCAGUGUACUCGCCGCCUGAUCGAGAAGAGCAGAACAUUCCCGAUAUUGUGCCCAUGCGACGAGGUCGUCCUACGGUUUCACCCGGACCACCAAUCCAAGACUCGUCCCGAAAAGUUACUGCAGGUGAUCCCUUUGCUGCCCUUGAUGCAACGAGUGGCAAAAAGGCUCCAGAGGCCGAUGAGUUAUCUGCGCGUUUCCCGACUUUGGACCAGUUCUCUCUCCUCCACGACAAGGGAGCCAAAUUUAAUUUCGACUCAUCAGCAAUCUCAGCACAGUCUCAACAAGCUCCACCAGACCAACAAACUGCCGAGGAUCUAGCUGACGACGCAUUUGCCUCGCUACAACAGAGUCCCGGAAAACUGGCUUCGUCUUCACGCCCUCCCUCUGUCACGCCCACUACACAACGACAGUCUAAACAAUUUCCCAUGCCUCCGGUUGACCGGCCUCCGUCGAACACACCGUCAGGACCCGUAGACACAGAGCAGAGCAAACCCAGUCGGGCAUCUUCAACAAUCAACAGUAUUCCUCCUGCUCAGACUAAUACAAAAUAUGUCUCAACUGGAACGAUGACUUCUGAAUACUCUUCUAGAGCGCCAACACCUCAAUUCGAGAAAAGCUCAGAAUACAGUCCUCCUGAACGGACCUCGUCCAGAGCAAACCCGGAUGCGCUGUCUUUUAAUUCUCGCCCCCACCACCUCAGGCAACCAUCUCUCUCGUCACGGCCGUCUUUGGAGGAUCAUCGCAUUCAGGCCCAGUCUACGGAUUCUAGGCCGAGAUUAUCAAUACCAGUCAGCCGACCACGUCCCGCCAGCACCAGUUUUGAGUCCAGCACUCUUGAUUUCCUGAGGGAAAGGGAGUUGGUUGCCAAGAACUCAAAGAUGGCGGUACAUUCAUCGGUACAGGGUCUACAGCCGUCUGCCGUUGCGCCUCAGACAGUCAGAGUGGAGGGUAGAAAGCAAUCGGAAGAAAGCCUGCUGAUAGACGUUGCGAACUCCCCAGUGAAAACUCGAGAUGAACAGACGCAAUUCGAUCGGAGAUCGUCUGUUUCAACGGCCCCAGCUCCUAGGAAACUGGCAGGCAAAUUUAAUGAUGCUUUCAACCGAUUUGAAGGCGCUUCACCUCAGGAAUCGGCAGGGGUAAACCAAUCUGACCCGUUUGAGGUGCCGCAAACAUCUGCAAUACGCAAUGAUGCAAUCGUUACACCAAGGCAGGAACCGGGCACGGAUCCUAGUGCCAAUGCCCUGAUUGAUAUUGAUGAUGACUGCAUGACACCAGAAAUGAGGCGUGAACUAGAACGGCAAAAGCUGGAAGAAGAAGAGAAGCGAGUUGCGGCAGCUCAAGCUGAAUACCGGAAUCGGGUCGACUCAUCCGGCAAACCGGUACCCGGCCCCAAGAUCGUGGGAUCUUCACAAGGCAAAUCUAGCACGAUUCAGACUCGCGUGCAGAACUUACUCAGUGAGGACCGGAAACAGAACCCUACACAAAGGACUGCCCACGGUUAUGGCAAGUACACUGAUGACCAGUCCGUGGCGCCCUCUGGUCAGAAUUCAGCGCCAAGUUCUGUGCGCAAGCCAAUGACAUCUAAGCCAACCAAGGCUGUACCCUCCAGUGACACCGGAUCAAGCACACUUCCUCCGUCUCAUUCAAUGCCAGCACAAACACAGCCAAGAUCUACGAGACAAAAGCCGCCUGCUCCGAAGAAGAAGCCCAUUCAUCUAAACAGCUUCCCAGCAGGCGCUCGUCCGCCAUCACCAACUAAACAGAGCCAGCUUGCCCAGUCUGAGCACCUGAUAGCGGUGGACCUUCCAAGUCAACCUGUUCUCGAGAUGUCAACCCAGGAUAAGGAAGACUAUAUCAGAGAUUUUACAAAGCGAUUUCCCAGUCUAGGUACAAUGGAGACGGAGUCUCAAGGCCAUCGUGGUAGUAGGUCUCAACAAUGA